AACUUCUCGGAAUCAACCAAGACAAAGCUCAGGUGGAUUCUACUUUUAGCAGCUCUUCACAUUUUAUAUACAAGAAAAACAAUUUUUAAUUUUUCUAAAAAAUAACGCUUCCACACCUAGAGCUGGCUGGUAGCCGCCGGUGGUCCCAACUCCCCAAAGGCAGGAAGAGGAGGAGGAGGAGGAGGAGGUGGAUGAGGCCGCCUGUCACGGUGGAGGAUGUCAGCACACCGUGGGUCCUACGGUUGGUAUUUUGUGGGCACCGGUGACAACCCUAUCUGAGAUGGAAAGAACGAAUGAUACACGUCAGUCAGCUGCAAACAAUUGGGCACUCCACGUCACCACGAGACGUUAGCAAUAUAAUAUAAAAAUCAUACAAAGUACUUCCUUCCUUAGUUGACCUUACCCGCUUAACUCCCCUUUAUAACUCCCCAUCUACUUGGUAUUUUUUGGUACCUGCCCUUCCUUCUGUUCUCUCAUCUCUCCCUUGCCAUUUGUUUCCUUUCUUCUUCCUCCUCUUCCUUCAUCCUCUUCAAAUUCGAGUGUGAUCAAAUCUCAACCACAAAAAUGAGUAACAUAAGCAUGGUGGAGGCGAACCUGCCACCGGGAUUUCGAUUCCACCCUCGAGAUGAAGAGCUCGUCUGUGAUUACUUGAUGAAGAAGGUGACUCGUUGCGACUCCCUUCUCUUGGUCGAAGUUGACCUCAACAAGUGCGAACCUUGGGAGAUUCCCGAAACAGCAAGUGUUGGAGGUAAAGAAUGGUACUUUUAUAGUCAGCGAGACCGGAAAUAUGCAACCGGACUUAGAACAAACCGAGCAACAGCCUCCGGGUACUGGAAGGCUACCGGAAAGGACAGGGCGAUCCUUCGGAAGAACACACUUGUUGGGAUGAGAAAAACCUUGGUGUUUUACCAAGGGAGAGCUCCAAAGGGGAGCAAAACAGAUUGGGUCAUGCACGAGUUCAGAAUUGAAGGACCCCUUUCCCCUCCUCAGAUACUAACUCUCAAGGAAGAUUGGGUCUUGUGUCGAGUGUUUCACAAGAACAGUGAAGCUCCGGUGGCGAUGGCAGCCAAACCUAGCAUGGGCAGAACCUGCUAUGACGACACAGGUUGCUCUUCUUCCCUCCCACCUCUCAUGGAUUCUUACAUCACAUUUGACCAAACUGAACCUCCCAAGUUCUUCGAUGAGAAUGAGCAAGUGUCCUGCUUCUCCAUUUUCAAUUCAGACCAACCCAAUAACUCUCCUUUUUCUCACAUCACCCACAUGGAAGACCCCUUAAUGCCCACGAAAAACCCUAGCCUUCUUGGACAAUUGCCGAUGACAAGUGCUUGGGUAGACCCUUUUCCUUGUGACAACAAGGUGAUAAAAGCUGUGCUUAGCCAACUUACAAGGAUAGAUGACAACAAUGUUCAUGUGAAAGGGUCAUCAGCAAGCUUAGGAGAAGGGAGUUCUGAGAGCUACUUAUCUGAUGUGGGGAUGCCCUACUUUUGGAAUAAUGACUAUGAUGUUUAGGACUAAUUGAGGGAAAAUAAUUAAUAUAUUCUUCGAUUCAACACACUCACUAACACAUACCAAUUCAGCUAUUAAAAUCUUAGUUUUAAAUUUUCUCAUCUUAAAGUUAAGUUUAAAAAUCAUAAUUUCUUAAUGUUUGUGUUGUGAAGUGUGUUGAACCGAAGGAUGUCUAUGUCGAUGUCUCUAAUUGAGACUUUGUAAAUCAUUCCUUAAGUCCAAGAUAGUCGCUUGUUGCAUCACAUGUAAAGAACAUGCGAUGAUUAGUACUUUGUGGAUUUACCUUCUUCCCAACAAGCAUGGGAAUCUUCUUUUCUCUCUCUCGCUCUUUUUUUUUUUUUU